AUGUUUUCACAAAACCCUUUUGUCCCACUAGUUAUCAUUUUAAUAUCUUCUUCUUCCUGUUUUAGCUGCUUCCAAAAGGUCCCACUUUCUAUUAAACUUGAUCAAAACCAUGGCCACAAUCCAAAGUUAAGUGCAUACUCUACAUCUUUUAGCACCAUUAACAAUCAGGAAGGCAAUUUCAGCUCUACUUUUUCGAGCCUAGUUGAGUACGAGAAAGAUAUAUAUGAAUUUGCAAAGAUUGAUCAAGUAGGCCCAGAAGAAACUUCACCCCAGAUGGUGAAUGUGGAUGAUUUUGGAGCUCAUGGUGAUGGAAACAACGACGAUGGAAAUUUUAGCUCUAAUUUUUCGAGCUUGGUUGAGCCCGAGACAGAUAUAUAUGAGUAUACAAAGCUUGAUAAAGUAGUUGUGGAUGAAACCUCAGCCCAGAUGGUGAAUGUGGAUGAUUUUGGAGCUCAAGGUGAUGGAACAGAUGAUUCUGAGGCAUUCAAAGAAGCAUGGAAGGAGGCUUGUUCUUCUGAAAAUGGAGCUGUUUUUGUGGUACCUAAGAACGGGACUUAUCAUCUUAACCCAAUUACAUUUUCAGGUCCUUGCAAGUCUGAUGUUACAAUGAAGAUUCGUGGAACAAUCAAAGCUUCUCCUCACAGAUCCGACUACGAAAAAAGUCCAAGACAUUGGGUUGCGUUUGAAAGAGUUAAUAACUUCAAAGUUGAAGGUGGAGGAACCAUCAAUGGCAAUGGGAAGAUUUGGUGGCAAAACUCAUGCAAAAUCAACAAAACCCUUCCUUGCGUCGGUGCACCAACGGCUGUAACCUUCAAUAGGUGCAAUAAUUUGAGAGUAGGCAACUUGAGGAUAAAAAAUGCACAGCAAAUCCAUCUUACUUUUCAAGAUUGUGUUGAUGUUAGAGCUUCAAAGUUGAAAGUACAAGCACCAGAAAAGAGCCCUAACACUGAUGGAAUUCAUAUCACGAGGACCCAAAAUAUUCAGGUCAUGAGCUCUGUCAUUAGAACAGGUGACGAUUGUAUUUCUAUCGUAAGUGGAUCUAAAAAUGUUCGAGCAACAGAUAUAAUCUGCGGACCAGGCCAUGGAAUCAGCAUUGGAAGCUUAGGAAAAGGAAAUUCAGAGGGUAAGGUUUCAGAUGUAGUGGUCAAUAGAGCAAAACUUUCAAGAACCACAAAUGGAGUAAGAAUAAAGACUUGGCAGGGAGGUUCGGGAUAUGCAAAGAACAUCAAAUUCCAAAAUAUUGCAAUGCACAAUGUGACCAAUCCCAUAAUUAUUGAUCAGAACUAUUGCGAUCAGAAUAAACCAUGCCCAGAACAGUACUCAGCUGUGCAAGUGAAGAAUGUGGUGUACAAGAACAUCAAAGGAACAAGUGCUUCAGAGAUGGCCAUUAAAUUUAACUGUAGCAAGACCUUCCCAUGUCAAGGGAUUUUGUUGCAGAACAUUAACCUAGUUGCCGAAGGAGAUGGAAUAGCAACAGCUUCGUGUGAAAACGUUAGAUUAGAAACUAGAGGAAAGGUUUCUCCAAGUUGCCCUUGCCAAAGCAAAGACUAG